AUGCGCUCACUCACUGGCCUGAGGGCGCUUGUGGCGCCCGACUGCCGGCUCCUGCUUCUGUGCUUUCUGGCGGCGACGCGCCCGUAUUGGGCAGAAGGCGACCCCACAGACUCAUCUUUCACAAGUCUACCUGUUCGAGAAGAAAUGAUGGCAAAAUACUCAAACCUUUCUUUAGAGAGCCAUAAUAUAUCACUGACAGAAGAAUCGAGUGCUCCAGUAGAAAAAAACAUUACUUUGGAAAGUCCUUCUGACCUGGAGCUCAUAUGCCAGUUCACGACAUCUGGGGAUUUGAACUCAGUGAAUGUGACUUGGAAAAAAGACGACGAAUUUUUUGAAAAUAUUGAUGCUUUCAACACAACUAAAACAGGAAACACCUUGUACAGUCAGUAUAGGUUCAUCAUUUUUAAUAGCAAACAAAUGGGGAAUUAUUCUUGUUUCUUUGGAGAAAAGAAGCGCAGAGGAACAUUUAAUAUCAAAGUGCCCAGCGUUCGUGGAAAAAACAAGCCAUUGAUCACUUACGUGGGGGAUUCUACUGUCCUGAAGUGUGAAUGUCAAGAUUGCCUUCCUUUAAAUUGGACUUGGUACACGAGUAAUGGAAGUGUACAGGUUCCUAUUGAUGUUCUCAAGAAUGAUAAGUAUGUUAUAAAUGGAUCCCACGCUAAUGCAACACGACUCAGGGUAAAGCAUCUCUUGGAAGAAGAUGGGGGCUCCUACUGGUGCCGGGCAGUCUUCCCGUUGGGUGAGAGUGAGGAACACAUUGAGCUGGUUGUGCUGAGCUUCAUGGUGCCCCUCAAGCCAUUUCUUGCGAUAAUUGCAGAAGUUAUUCUCUUAGUGGCCAUCAUUCUGCUUUGUGAAGUAUACACCCAGAAAAAAAAGAGUGACCCAGAUAAUGGGAAAGAAUUUGAACAAAUUGAACAGUUGAAAUCGGAUGAUAGCAAUGGUAUUGAGAACAAUGUCCCCAGGCUCAGAAAAAUUAUUCUGCAGGUCAAGUCAACUAGGAGGUCCACAUCUCAUGGCCCCCACCAAACUCAAGUAAUUGAUCUUGGUAACACAGCAGAGUUUGCUCAUCGAGAUGAACUUUCUUUCCUUGGGGGCAUGCACACUAAGGAGAGGUCUGCACGCCUGUUCAUUUUCAACAUUAUCUUGGACGAUGUAGGGACUGAUAGAGAGGCCUCUAGAGAGCCACCUUACUUGCAUGGGAAAGGCCACUGGUUUAUAGUUGAGCCGGCAGAGCUCUCAGAGGGACUGAGUCAAGGUGACUGUUCACGGAACUUUUACAUUUUGCCCUAA